AAAACCGUACCCGAAUGGACACCCCUAACUGCUGCCAAAGGUCCCGCAAACCAAGUAGGAUACAACUACUACAAAUUAGUUGAAAUCAACAAGGCCAACGGGCCGGACUCACAGCUUCCACGUAGUUCAAUUGACGAAGCCCAAUUGAGCAGGCUCACCUAUUCGGCCUGACAAGACUUGGCGUCUCAAAUCGGCACCGCAUGGGCACUUUUUUCAUCCGUUUGUUUUACACUUUUACUACCUUUUUUGCCCCUUCCCCACUUUCCACUCUAUUCAUUGGCAAUUUGGCAUAUUACCAAGCAACUCGCCGGAGCCAGCCACCGUCGGUUCCUUCUCCCCUCUUCACCAGCUGCUCCAAUUGAAGAAAACCCUAUUUCCGGUGGUCACGAUUCCUCUUCCCCAUUCCUUUCUAUACCUCAAGGUACGUUCAUUUGCUGCGAUUCCUCCUACCUAUACGAUUUCGUCGAGCUCAUUGAAGAGCACUGAAUCAAGCAAAUGAGCUCGCUGUCUAAUUCGUCUGAAUACGGAAACUAGGCAUUUGAUUAAUGUAUCGGCUUUCAGCUCUCUCAAUUCUUUCAUUGUACAAAUCCUUUGUAGAGCUGGAUUUAAGUUUCUCAAUUUAUGGAGGCUUCUUUUUGAGGAGAGGAAUUGGGCAUGGCUCGAGCCUUGGAUCUGCAGGACUUCAUUGUUCGAGCUAAGGUGCUGAAGCUGUACAGGCAGGCGCUCCGGGUGGUUCGUAGAGCACCUGAUGGUGCUAGAGAUGAACUGAAGCAAACAAUUAGGCAGGAAAUGGAGAACAACCGAAACUGCAACGACAGGCAAACGAUUCGGUUUCUAAUGAGCGACGGGUUAGAGAGGCUGAAACGUUUAGAUGAGACCCUUGAUAUGCAGGGCCGUUGAUUAGCAGCAACAGCAGCAGCAGUACACUUGGUUCUUUUUCAUUGAUGGAGUAGGUUCAAAACUUAACUGCGGCAUGGGCGUAGUAAUGGAAGAAGACGAAGGUUUAUGAAUUCAUUAUCAGAGUUAAAUAAUCCAUUUCCUAAAUUUGUUUGUAUAUUUUUGUAUUCGGAAUUAGGACUCCUAAAGAAUCGCAAAUUUCAUUCUGAUUCAUGUGAUCAUGUGCUGUAAAACAGUCCCUGUUGAUGUUGAAUGUUAUAUUUCAUUGGACUAAUAUCACUAUAAAAAAAAUCAAUCAUUGGCGACUGUCAUUUGUAUUACACAACUAUCCAUAUGACAUUGUGUAUACCAAAUUGUUUUUUCGUUAGUUGGACUGUUAAAUUUAAUUACGAGCCUAGUCAAUGUCUAGUUAGCGCCUAGUUGGCAUGCUGACAUGGAAAUUUUAAUCGUCCUAUCCAAUUUCUGCAUUUAACGGAAAAGAUAAAGAUAAAAGGUAAAA